CGGCCCGCACACGGUCCCGGGGGGGCGGACCCGUGAGAGCGGCCGGAGGGGGCGGUGCCGCGGGCGGGGCGGAGCAGGGCUGCGCAGGCGCCGUGGGACCGGCGGCGUGUUCCGGGAGCGGAGCGGGGCGCUGGCUGUGGCGGAGCUAGGGUGGCAAAACACAAAACCACCUCAGGAUGGCUGUAGUUCAGCCAGGGAUGACAACACUUCGUAAAGCAAAGAAAAUCACUGUAAAAACAUGUCUCGAUAACCCCUUUGUUUUUCAAUGGAAAACCAUAGAUGGGGAAGAUAUGCAUUUUAUACUGCAGACCUUAGAAGAAAGGAUUAAACAUAUUGGACUUAAAAAGAUUGAGACUCCAAGAAAGAAAAAGCGUUCCCUUACAAAAAAACAAAUGGAAAGAAAGUGCGAUGCUAGCACCGAUGAACUCCCUAAAGAGGAGGAAACAGAAGGCCAUCAACAAAACCCAGGAUGGACGGACAUAAAUAUCAGAAGACAGCUUGCUAUUGGAGUUAAUGAAGUUACAAAAGCAUUGGAAAAAAAUGAACUUCUUCUCUUGCUGGUGUGCAAGUCUGCAAAACCUGCCAUGAUCACGUCGCAUCUUAUUCAGCUGAGUGCAAGUCGAGCCACACCAGCGGGCCAGGUUCCCCGGCUCAGUGAAACAGUUGCACCACUUCUAGGCUUAACAUCCAUUUUAGCACUAGGCUUUAAAAAGCAGUCUGAUAAAUUUACUGAAGCAAUAGAAGCAAUAAUUCCCAAGAUACCAGCUCUGGAGGUGCCGUGGUUUCAGUACAGAACUGGAGAAUCUGUGGCUCUGGCACAGGCGGAGUCUUCCGACGUUCCUGAACCCGAGCAGCUUGCAGAGGCGCCGGGGGAUGAGCUCACAAGCCAGAAGCGCAAGCGUAUGGAAAGCAAUCAGCUUGAUCUUUCCAAUGUAAUUUUGCAGCCUUUGAAAAUCAAGAAACUUGUUCCAAAUCCAAACAAGAUAAAGAAACCACCUCGCAAAAAGAAAAAAGCUUUUUCAGCAUAAAUUAUUUCAGUUUGGUUCUUCAUGAUUAACUCAUUUUUUAAUGCAGUGUAGAGUACAGCUCUAACUGAAUUAUUUUGUUAGGCUUUACAGUGUAAAGCACUUGAAUACAAGGUGAACUUUAUGUUGCAUUCAGUUGAGGUAUUUCCUGCUUCAAUAAAGAAUAUUGCUUGAA